AUGCGUGGUGCUUAUCAACUUAAUGAAAAUGAAUUACCUAAAGGUGAAUAUCUUAAACAUCCUAACAAUAAACAAAGUUAUCAUUCAUUGUGGUAUUUUAGAAAAUUAGUAGAUAUGACAUACAUUAAGCGGGACUGUCUCACCUAUUCACUAAAAUUGAACAAAGUGUUCUGUCUUUAUUGUAACUUAUAUAGAAAUAGUGAAAAUAGUUCAUGGAAAACAUAUGGUUAUAGUUAUUGGAAAAAUGGUUUAAUGACAAUAGUGAAACAUGAAACUUCAUCAACACAUGUAAUGUCUUCUUUAAAAAUUAAACUUAAAGAAAGUUGCUUACCUCUUAUACCAUCGAUCAUUGAAGAAAGAAAUUGUCAAGUUGCAUUCAAUCGAGAAAUAGUCAAACAAUUAAUUGAAAUAAUUAUAUCCUUAGCAAGGCAUUAUCUUUCUUUUCUUGGUUACCAAGAGGGCUGGGAAAGUGAUAUAAAAGGUAAUUUUAAAGACAUAGUCAUCUUGUUGGCUCAACAUUUAUCAGUGUUAUCAGUGCAUAACAAUAAAUUAAGUGAAGAAAAGAGGAAAAGAAACUGUGAGAUAAUGAGGGCAUAUCGUCAGCGUCAAAAAGAUUUGAAGAAAAUAGAAUACCUAGAUCCAAAAUCAGAUACUAAUCGUCAAGAAGAGUUCAGUCAACGAAUGUUGAUGAAUUAG